CCCCCAAAGGGGGCGUGGUGUAUCAUCAGGUUGUUGUGAUUCACAACAACAUUCACAAACAGCAAAGCCAAGAUGCCAUACCUCUCACGGAAGAUCCUAGUUUCUCUGUGUCCUCUAGUCAAUCUAGACCUCUUCAAGAAGGGCUACUAUCAUAUAGCAUGCCGGCUAGUCGAUCAGCAAUCAGAAUCAGUCAAUUCCCUCAUCAAGUGUACGGAUAUUUGUGAUCUCUUGGGCCCCCAACUUGUGGAGUUUGUUUUCCCUGGUGCCUGUAUUGAAGACAAUCACUUCCUCACUCAGACAGUGAAUAUUGAGUACACAGAGCAGUCGUUUGCACUUGGAGAGAGCUUCAUAUUCACAUCAUCGGUGCCCAUACUGCACGAUUAUACGGAGGUGUACGUUCCGUCUCAUUUCACUCUACAGCUGGAUCUCAUGUUCAGUAUAGCUGAUGAGUUACCAAAAGGCCCGUCAGAGUUUUCGUCUGUCGCAAGUCAUUCUCUGUCGUUCACCAUUGACUGGCGUAAAGGUAUCCACGACUACUUCCCAGUGCUGUUCGAUUAUUUCCACCUUGCGGCCAUUGGGGUCACAGUACACGCCUCCAUGUUUGAGUUCAACACAGGGGAUUUCCCCUACCUUGAGUCCGCUUUGGCUGCGAAUGCCUCACGAAAAGGAUCCCGUGUGUCACUUAGCAGUCGUCGGAAAUCGUCGUACCAAACGGUACCACCCUCACUCAGUAGCCCAGCUCCUCUGUCGUGGCCUGACCUCUCUACUGUGCUGUUUGGAUCAACUACUUUGAACGAGGUCGAGGGCGAAUCAGCUGACGGUCGAGAAGCAGCGUAUCGAGUGCCCACACACCAGCUGCAACGUGGACAAGACGCUCACCAGAUGCUCUGUGAUGUGCUGAGGUCAGCAAGGGACAGUCUCCACAUUGGCUACGCUAUUAUGAGCGGUGAGAAGUCGGAAACAGACCCACUACCUGAGCCUGGAAACAUCAGUAAGGCCAUUUCCCUUGAACAAGCCGAACAAGAGUGUAUAAAAGAGCUCACUGUACUCAAUUCAUCGCUGGCCUCUACUUGGGAGUGGUUUUGUCAGAAUGCCGUUGUCCACCCGCGAAUGUUUUCGUACCUAGCCGGCCAAUCACAUCAACUCAAACUGCUCUACCAAAUCGAGUCGUUUGUGUCGAGUGGAAGUCCAAUUCUAAAGAAUGUUCAGAAUGUAGCGAAUCCACUCACUCAAGCCACUGUGGCCUCCAAGCUUCGCAAGAAUCUCCAAAUUCCACUGCCUCUCUACUGCAAGGAUAAUAUCGAGGGUGGUGCUUUAGCGAGCGUGCUGUUUAUUGAGCCGUGUCCGUGGGAAACGCUGAGUGAGAUUCAGGUGGGGUCAAGACCUCGCCCUGCCUCUACCAACUUCAACGUCCCCGGGACCACACCUGGACUGGAAAUGUUCCCAAUGCAAAUCCACCCCUUUCUAAUCAAUGCUCUCCCACAUCGCCAGAGACUUAGAAGAUACCCGGGAAUUCAUUUGAUUAUCUGUGUGCACGGGUUGCAAGGAAACCAGUUUGAUCUUCGACUGUAUCGAGUGUUUCUUCAGAUGGUGCUACCGCAAAUCAGGUUCGAUUUUCUCAUGGCUCAGUCUAACCAGACAGACACUUUCUGCGAUUUCAACUCCAUGACAGACAAGCUGUUGGAAGAAGUGGUACGCUACGUCAACGACAUGCCCACCCAGCCCUCCAAAGUGAGCUUCAUCGGGCAUUCUCUGGGAAGUAUUGUGAUACGAUCUCUCGUGACCCGGCCGGAGUUUGCGUUCCUUCAAUCCAAACUACAUCUCUACCUUUCAAUUUGCAGCCCUCACUUGGGCACCAGACUUCAAACUGGAAUCGUCAGUCUUGGAAUGUGGGCUGUAAGAAGAUGGUAUAACUCCACCUCUCUACUUCAACUCUCGCUAAAAGAUGCUCCCAGCCCUCGCGAUUCAUUCCUCUACCAUCUCAGUGAAGCGCCAAGUAUGGAGUAUUUUCGCCAUAUAGUUCUCCUCACUUCACCGCAAGACAAAUACGUUCCCUACCAAUCUGCAAAGUUGGCCUCUGUGACAGCAGAUGGCUCUCUACAGUCGAACAUUUGUCUGGAAAUGAUGCAGAAUAUUCUCGAGCCUUUGAGACAAGCUAAAGUGAACUUGGUACGUGUGAGUGUGGACCAUUCUCUGCCCGUGACUGCUAACUCGCUGAUUGGACGAGCUGCUCAUAUUGCCAUGUUGGACUCUGAACUAUUUAUUGAAAAGUUUGUGUCAUUGCACUUGUCUCAGUAUUUUUUAGACGUAGCUCAUUAAGUCAACUUCACACCAUUGAAAAGAAUCACUGUUGCUAUAAUUAUUGUUUAAUUGAACUGAAA